AUGACCAAAAGUAUUCGAAGUAAAUCUAAAAGGCGAUUUCGUGCGAUUAAACGUAGACGUAGCUUUAAGAAAAUCAAGGAUCAGUUAAUAGGAUCUAUCAAGAAAAGUGAAGAAAACUCAGUCUCUUCCGAACAGUCAGUCGACUCAACUUCAAAUCACAUGGAUAUUGUUUCCAAAAGCUUACCGAAAAUACUAUGUAAUGAACAUGGGACCUACCCAGUGUGGCUAAGUAAAAAGGAACGCAAAAGACAAAUAAAAAUGAGAAGACUACAGAAAAAACGGUAUCGCCCUAAAAAACCUAAAGUGUAA